UCUGUUAAAACUUGGGGGAGGAGGAGCGCGGGGAGGAGGAGGAAGAGGAGGAGAGGAGGGAAGGAGGGAGAGCGAGGGAGGGCAGAGCAGAGCCGAGGGACAACUUUUCCACCCGGAUUCCUGGUUGCCAGAGCUGAAGGAAUGAGAAGGCGUCAUGGAGGCCCAGUCCCAGAGCUCGACGACCACUGAGAAAAAGAAAGUGGAGAAUUCCAUAGUGAAAUGCCCCACUCGGCCAGAUGUCAGCGAGAAAGCCGUGGCCUCCAGCACCACUUCCAAUGAGGAUGAAAGUCCUGGACAGACCUAUCACAGAGAGAGAAGAAACGCAGUCGCUAUGCAGCCACAGAUUGCCCCGGGGCUGGGCAAGAUCAGCGAGGAGCCUUCCACAUCCAGCGACGAGAGGGCCUCGCUGAUCAAGAAGGAGAUCCAUGGGUCCCUGCCCCACCUGGCCGAGCCCUCCGUCCCCUACCGUGGGGCUGUGUUUGCCAUGGACCCCAGGAAUGGCUACAUGGACCCUCACUAUCACCCUCCUCAUCUCUUUCCUGCAUUCCAUCCUCCUGUACCAAUUGACGCCAGACACCACGAGGGCCGUUACCAUUAUGAUCCAUCUCCGAUCCCUCCGUUGCAUGUGUAAGUAUUACAACUUUGCCCAUUAAAGAAACAGAACAAAAUACUGGCUUUUACCAUCUCAGGGUUUUUGUUACCAACACAGCUACUGGGCUUGGGAGCUGUGAUAGAAGUCUAAGAUUUACUUUUGAAAUACGGCAAGCCUAUCUGUUCCUGGACUCACUGAAGCACAUCCCCGCUGCUUCCUGAAGAAUGCCUGUCAUACGAGGUGGCUGGCAAGUAUUUCCUAUAUAUUUUUGCUGACGUGUGCUCUGUGGCCUCUAAAUACUAAAUUAAAAAGCAGAGGCCUAAUGGAAGGUUCCCUCUCAGAAUAUGUAUUUGGUCAAGAGUGGAUUUGAAGUUUCUCAUGCUCCAAUUUCUAUUAAUGGGAAAGCCCUGUUCCAGGGAUCACAAUGAGUCAUAAUGAAAUUUUCAUGGUAAAUUUUCAUAGCUCCUGUGGUGUCUACUCCAACAGUCACUUGAUUGAUGGGAAUGUCACCCAAACAAAAUGGCAAAUGUGAUCGAGCACAUGGUUUACACAGAGAUAAAAGGCAAGAGUGAGGGUGAUAACUAACAUCCAUUAGAAAAGGAA